AGAAUGUCUUAUAGUCGUAUUGCUGCUUCUUCUGUAAAUACUGCCGUUCUCGGUGAGCCACUGAAUUUCCGGAAUGGAAAAAAGGCGAACAAUAGGAUACUAAAAAGCCCAUUAUCUGAGAAAAUGUAUCGCUGGAAUGAACACAUUGAAGAGAAACUCGGUCUUCCAACGGACGAAAUAAUCAAUCUCUACAGUCACUGGGGCAAUGGUGGAUUUGGACUCAUCAUUACUGGAAAUUUGGCAGUAGACCCCAAAUUUAUUGGAGAAGCCGGUCAAGGAAUACUAAGUAUUGAAAAUACUAGCGCCGAAUCACUUAAAAUUUUCUCAAGACUAGCACAAGCUAUGAAAUCAGAUGGAGCUCUGGCUAUUGCUCAAACCAAUCACAUUGGUGUACAAGCUCAAACUGCUUAUACAAACUCUCUUGGAGAGCAGCAUAUUCUCGUGAAGGAAGUUGCAAAUCCGAUGAAUUUCUCCGUUCAGCAAAUCAAAGAAAAUGUCCUGAAACGUUUUGCCAAUGCUGCAUCAGUGCUCUAUGAGUCUGGGUUUGAUGGGAUGGAGAUUCAUUCAGCUCAUGGCAUGAUUUUCAAUCAAUUCCUUGCUCCAAAAAAUACAAGAAAUGAUGAAUACGGUGGCUCAAUUGAAAAUCGAGCUCGGCUCUUGACUGAAACAUACAAAGCAGUUCGUGAAGUUGUACCAGAGAGCACCGGAUUCAUAGUAGGAGUUAAAUUAAAUUCAAGAGAUUUUCAAGAAAGUGGCAUCUCUCGUGAGGAUAUUAUCAAAGUUUGCGAGCUUAUCGAGAAUUCCGGUUUUGAUUUCGUCGAACUGACAGGAGGAGCAAUGGAAAGUGUUGUGAAGGAAGUUCAGAAACGACAUAGUACUAUCGCGCGGGAAGACUUUUUCCUAGAUUUUGUACAAUUCACUAGCAAAAUAUUCAAAGAAACGGUAGUCUAUAUAACCGGCCGCUGGCAAACUGCCAACGCAAUGGUCACAUCUGUGAAUAUGGGUUUAACGAGUGGAGUUGGACUUGGAAGAUGGAGCUGCUCGGAGCCCGAUUUCCCAAGAAAACUGAUAGCUGGAGAGAUUUUCUCGUGUCCUGAUCUGAAGUUUGCUCCAAGUGAAUUUUUAAUCGCUAAGCAUGCGGCUCAUUUUCAUAUAAAGCAGAUGUCAGAGCAUAUGUACGAUUCACAAAACAGCACUUCAACAACAGUUACGGAUUUUACAGUGGAAGAUGAAGCUAACAAUUUCAAAAAGGCUUGUGGAGCCUACAAAACAGAGCUGGAACCAAUUGGAGGAUACGAUCGAUUUGCUGGAGUAAUUAAAUACGUUCCAUUGAACAAAUCUACCUAAUAAUUUAGUAAACUAUUUUUUGUCAAUUUUAAUAAAUAAAUGCUUUCGAACU